AUGGCUCCUAAUGGAAAAAUGCGAGAGAUUAUCUCUCUUCAUGUUGGACAAGCAGGUGUCCAAAUUGGAAAUGCUUGCUGGGAGUUGUAUUGCUUAGAACAUGGAAUUUUGCCUGAUGGAACCAUGCCUAGUGAUCAGUCCGUUGGUGUUGAAGAUUCUAGUUUCAACACUUUUUUCUCGGAAACUCAAAGUGGAAAACACGUUCCGCGAGCUAUUCUCAUUGAUUUGGAGCCAACCGUUGUUGAUGAAGUACGCACUGGAACAUAUGCGAAAUUGUUUCAUCCUGAGCAACUUAUAACUGGAAAAGAGGAUGCUGCCAAUAACUAUGCGAGAGGACAUUAUACCAUUGGAAAGGAACUUAUUGAUGUUUGCAUGGAUCGCAUAAGACGACUCACAGAGUCCUGCCAAUCUCUGCAAGGUUUUCUCAUUUUCCAUUCAUUUGGUGGAGGAACAGGCAGUGGGUUUGCCUCAUUGAUGAUGGAAAGACUAUCAGUUGAUUAUGGAAAAAAGGCUAAGCUUGAGUUCAGUAUAUAUCCAGCUCCCCAAAUUAGUACAUCUAUGGUUGAGCCGUACAAUUCUUUACUGACUACUCACACUACCCUGGAACAUGCCGACUGCUCCUUUAUGCUGGAUAACGAAGCCAUUUAUGAUAUUUGCAAACAAAAUUUGAGUAUCAGAAGUCCCACGUAUACCAAUUUGAAUCGGUUGAUAGCACAAGUUGUUUCCUCCAUAACUGCUUCUCUCCGAUUCGAUGGAGCCUUGAAUGUGGAUUUGACUGAAUUUCAGACUAAUCUCGUUCCUUAUCCACGUAUUCACUUCCCUCUCGUUACAUACGCUCCAAUCAUUUCAUCGGAGAAAGCUUUCCAUGAACAACUAACAGUUUCUGAAAUAACGAAUAAAUGCUUUGAAAGCGGAAGUCAAAUGGUCAAAUGUGAUCCCAGGAAUGGAAAGUAUAUGGCUUGCUGCCUUCUUUUCAGAGGGGAUGUUGUCCCGAAGGAUAUCAACUCUGCGAUCGCAGUUAUUAAAACCAAGCGAGCCAUUCAGUUUGUGGAUUGGUGCCCCACGGGAUUCAAAGUUGGUAUCAACUUCCAACCACCUACUGUAGUUCCUGGAGGCGAUUUGGCUAAACUGCAAAGAGCUGUCUGUAUGUUGUCUAAUACAACAGCCAUUCAAGAAGCAUGGGCUCGGUUAGAUCACAAAUUCGACCUAAUGUAUGCCAAAAGAGCGUUCGUUCAUUGGUAUGUAGGAGAAGGUAUGGAAGAAGGGGAAUUCAGUGAGGCUCGUGAAGACAUGGCUGCGUUGGAAAAAGAUUAUGAAGAGGUCGGUGUGGACUCAUUUGACCCUAACGAGGAUGAUUAUUGA